UAGAACGUGACAACAGGAUUGAAUCUGUUGCUGCUGUUGCCUGCAGUACACCUGUUGUGGAUUUGGCCAAAGCGGAACUAUCAGACUGCGGAGAAAUAGUGGAAAAUAACGAAAAGGUACCCGAAGGCAGUUAUUCUCCUAGUCUGCUCUUAUUUGUCUUAUAAAGUUGUAAACCAUGCACUGUUUGAAAAUAUUACGGGUGACCAACGCAGCUGCUGUGCAAAACUUUGUGACGGACGCCGCUAAAAAAGUUAUCAAAAGGGGUUGUUAUAACAGUUUAUUACCGGGUUGUCAUCGUAGCGUUAAAGUUCAUCCGGUACAAUGUUUCAACACAAGUUCUACAGAUCAGCACCGCAUUGGAACAGCCUCAGAUAUGGACCACGUGCUUCCCAAACUGAGCAGUGAUGGAAAGGGUCUGUUCUCAGGAGUUGAAGAUAUGCUCUUCUACACCAUCACAGAUGGUCAGGAACAAGUCCCCGUCUCACACUUUAUCUCUGCUCUGAAGAAAACAGGUCUUAAUGCAUCCGACCCGCGACUGAAGGACUGUAUGGACAAGCUGCAACGCUCUGUAACGGAAUCCUUUCAUGACGUCAUGAUGGACCGGGAACUCUUCCACAAGUGUGUUGGUGGGAACAUAGUGCUUCUGAUCCAGGCCUUCAGAAAGAAGUUUAUCAUCCCUGAGUUUGAUUCCUUUGUAACAAAGAUAGAUCAAAUCUACGACACCGUCCAGAAAAACCAUGACGGACAUGUAGCAGUCUACAUUCCCCACCUGGCCAAGUUCAGUCCUGAUCUCUGGGGUGUGUCUCUGUGUACUGUGGAUGGACAGAGACACUCAGUAGGGGACACCAAGCAGCCCUUCUGCCUCCAGUCGUGUGUGAAGCCUCUGGAGUAUGCUGUGGCCAUCCACGAGGCUGGGACAGAGAAGGUACACCGCUAUGUGGGGAUGGAGCCCAGCGGACUCAAGUUCAACAAGCUCUACCUGGAUGAGGAAGACAAACCCCACAACCCCAUGGUGAAUGCUGGAGCCAUUGUCAUCAGCUCUCUUAUCAAGCCUGGCUCAAACAAGGCAGAGAAGUUUGACUAUGUGAUGGAUUUUAUCAAGAAGAUGGCUGGUCAAGAGUACGUUGGGUUCAGCAAUGCCACGUUCCAGUCUGAAAAAGAAACAGGCGACAGAAAUUUUGCAAUUGGAUACUACCUCAAAGAAAAGAAGUGUUUUCCCCGUGGGGCAGAAAUGAUUGAUGCACUGGACUUCUACUUCCAGCUGUGUUCCAUAGAGGUGACCUGUGAGUCUGGGAGUGUCAUGGCUGCCACGCUGGCCCAUGGGGGCAUCUGCCCAAUCACAGGCGAGCGGGUGCUGAGUGCCGAGGCCGUACGGAAUACCCUGAGUCUCAUGCACUCCUGCGGCAUGUACGACUUCUCUGGGCAGAUGGCCUUCCAUGUGGGCUUGCCUGCUAAGUCUGGGGUGUCUGGAGCAGUUCUGUUGGUGGUCCCCAACGUCAUGGGAGUGAUGUGUUGGUCCCCUCCGUUAGACAAGGUUGGAAACAGUGUCCGGGGAAUACACUUCUGCCAGGAGCUGGUGUCUUCGUUUAACUUCCACAACUAUGACAACCUAAGACACUUUGUCAAGAAGCAGGACCCUCGAAGGCAGGACGGGGAAGAUAGGAACAAGUCUGUGGUGAACUUGAUGUUUGCGGCCUACAGUGGAGAUGUGUCAGCCCUCAGAAGGUUUGCUCUGUCAUCGAUGGACAUGGAGCUGAAAGACUAUGACUCUAGGACAGCGCUACACGUGGCUGCCGCAGAGGGUCAUGUGGAAGUGGUACGGUUCCUAACAGACACCUGCAAAGUGAACCCCUUUGUGAAAGAUAGGUGGAGCAGCAUUCCCCUGGAUGAUGCCCUGCAGUUUGGCCACGGUGCCGUGGUGAAGGUCUUACAGGAGUACCAGGCUGGACUUAUAUACAGGAGGACACCUGAGAGUGAGGCUGGACAUAUACAGGAGGACACCUGAGAGUGAGGCUGGACAUAUACAGGAGGACACCUGAGAGUGAGGCUGGACAUAUACAGGAGGACACCUGAGAGUGAGGCUGGACAUAUACAGGAGGACAUCUGAGAGUGAGGCUGGACAUAUACAGGAGGACACCUGAGAGUGAGGCUGGACAUAUACAGGAGGGCACCUGAGAGUGAGGCUGGACAUAUACAGGAGGACAUCUGAGAGUGAGGCUGGACAUAUACAGGAGGACACCUGAGAGUGAGGCUGGACAUAUACAGGAGGGCACCUGAGAGUGAGGCUGGACAUAUACAUGAGGACAUCUGAGAGUGAGGCUGGACAUAUACAGGAGGACACCUGAGAGUGAGGCUGGACAUAUACAUGAGGACACCUGAGAGUGAGGCUGGACAUAUACAUGAGGACACCUGAGAGUGAGGCUGGACAUAUACAGGAGGACACCUGAGAGUGAGGCUGGACAUAUACAGGAGGACACCUGAGAGUGAGGCUGGACAUAUACAUGAGGACAUCUGAGAGUGAGGCUGGACAUAUACAUGAGGACACCUGAGAGUGAGGCUGGACAUAUACAUGAGGACACCUGAGAGUGAGGCUGGACAUAUAUAGGAGGACACCUGAGAGUGAGGCUGGACAUAUACAGGAGGACACCUGAGAGUGAGGCUGGACAUAUACAUGAGGACAUCUGAGAGUGAGGCUGGACAUAUACAUGAGGACACCUGAGAGUGAGGCUGGACAUAUACAUGAGGACACCUGAGAGUGAGGCUGGACAUAUACAGGAGGACACCUGAGAGUGAGGCUGGACAUAUACAUGAGGACAUCUGAGAGUGAGGCUGGACAUAUACAUGAGGACACCUGAGAGUGAGGCUGGACAUAUACAUGAGGACACCUGAGAGUGAGGCUGGACAUAUACAGGAGGACACCUGAGAGUGAGGCUGGACAUAUACAGGAGGAGCCCUGAGAGUGAGGCUGGACAUAUACAGGAGGACACCUGAGAGUGAGGCUGGACAUAUACAGGAGGACACCUGAGAGUGAGGCUGGACAUAUACAUGAGGACAUCUGAGAGUGAGGCUGGACAUAUACAGGAGGACACCUGAGAGUGAGGCUGGACAUAUACAGGAGGAUCCCUGAGAGUGAGGCUGGACAUAUACAGGAGGAGCCCUGAGAGUGAAUGUUGGAGAAGUUCAACAUCAUGAGUGGGACGUUCAGUGUUCUAUGACGAAAAAUAUUUGUCGACAUCCUAUUUUUCCUGACUAAAACUAUGCCGAUAACGAGACGAGAUGCCCUCAAAAAUAUAACUAUGACAAAUGUUUUUCUUCAUUUGAGUUGAUGAAAAUGUAACGAGACGUUCAACUGAAACGAAUGGACAUUCAAUUUGACAUGACGCCCCUUUUAAUCUGUUUUGUCCAAUCAGAAGCAUGCACACCUUUGCAGAAUUAUUUAAUGCAAUCCUCUUAUUGGCUGAAAACAUCUGUCAUGUGCCCGGGCUACUUGAGUUUAUAGCCCUACCCGUCUUUUCCAACACACAGCUCCCAGGCGGUCGCUUCAGUCGUCUUUCUUUUGAACUGAUGCGUAGACAGAGAACUUCUAAAUUGUAACUAACCUCUAUUCUGUUAAGAAACAAUAAUGUUCAUAUUGGAGAUUUUUUUCGGUACGCAAAUAAAAGUCACAGUUACUUUUUUCCCCGAUUGGAAAUACUACUGCUAUUUACUGAAUAUCAGGAAUACAGCAAUAAUUCUGUCUUCGUUGGAAAGCUCUGAUUCUCCCCCCUUUUCAAUUGAGUCACUGUUAUUUAACCCCCUGUGACGGUUAUGAUGGGUAGAAAAUCAAAGCUGUUAAUUGGUUAACCUGUAUCCAAGGUUUUGUAGGCUAGUAUGAUUAAUCAUGGCUAUUGUUACUUCCACAAUAGCAAUUUUGCCAGCUACGUUAUAGGAGGGUAUACACACUAUACUAGUAAGCCUAGUUGGACAAGGCUGAAUAUGCACACGAUCAACGCUAGAAGAAGCCUAAAUAUGAGUUAUUUAGUGGAAAAUGCAUUGGUUAAAAUAUGACAAACUACACUAAAAUUAUCCAGUUUUAGUCGACUGAUAGUUUCUAAAAGGAUGAAAUGGCUCACAUUUGACUAAGACUAAAAGCUAUUUUAGUCAAAACAAAAAAAACAAAAAACAAAAAAAUAGCUGGCAAAAUGAACACUGCUGGUUACCAGUCUGUGUGCCAUCAAGGCAUAACACGUUUGGCACGACCAGGAGUGGACAUGAUAGCACAAACACAUCUGGGAACCAGGAUAUAUAAACAGGUCGAGUUGCCUUCGUAGUGUGUUUUUCAGCGAGGGGGGCCUUUUUGCUAAUUAACAACACAGCUGGCCUGUCAAGAAACAGCUUUGUCGUUCUCGUCUAUGCACUUGGUGUUUAUGUGCAUGCUGCAUCAGAGAGUGCCUUUGGCUUUGCGGUUUACCGGUGGAGAUUAGCACGUUGUUGAUACAGUAGCUGAGGUUGUGCUACAAGGGCGCAACAGACAGACACUUCUAAGACCCAGUAAUAAUGAAGGGGUCCAGACAUCAUGGUGUCUGUUGUUUCAGUAAUAAUAAUGGGGUCCAGAUAUCAUGGUGUCUGUUGUUUCAGUAUUAAUGGGGUUCAGAUAUCAUGGUGUCUGUUGUUUCAGUAAUAAUGGAGUUCAGAUAUCACGGUGUCUGUUGUUUCAGUAAUAAUGGGGUUCAGAUAUCACGGUGUCUGUUCUUUCAGUAAUAAUGGGGUUCAGAUAUCACGGUGUCUGUUGUUUCAGUAAUAAUGGGGUUCAGAUAUCAUGGUGUCUGUUGUUUCAGUAAUAAUAAUGGGGUCCAGAUAUCAUGGUGUCUGUUGUUUCAGUAAUAAUGGAGUUCAGAUAUCAUGGUGUCUGUUUCAGUAAUAAUGGAGUUCAGAUAUCACGGUGUCUGUUGUUUCAGUAAUAAUGGAGUCCAGAUAUCAUGGUGUCUGUUGUUUCAGUAAUAAUGGGGUUCAGAUAUCAUGGUGUCUGUUGUUUCAGUAAUAAUGGGGUUCAGAUAUCACGGUGUCUGUUGUUUCAGUAAUAAUAAUGGACGUCAGAUAUCAUGGUGUCUGUUGUUUCAGUAAUAAUAAUGGGGUUCAGAUAUCAUGGUGUCUGUUGUUUCAGUAAUAAUAAUGGGGUUCAGAUAUCAUGGUGUCUGUUGUUUCAGUAAUAAUGGGGUUCAGAUAUCAUGGUGUCUGUUGUUUCAGUAAUAAUAAUGGGGUUCAGAUAUCAUGGUGUCUGUUGUUUCAGUAAUAAUGGGGUUCAGAUAUCAUGGUGUCUGUUGUUUCAGUAAUAAUGGGGUUCAGAUAUCAUGGUGUCUGUUGUUUCAGUAAUAAUAAUGGGGUUCAGAUAUCACGGUGUCUCUUGUUUCAGUAAUAAUAAUGGGGUUCAGAUAUCACGGUGUCUGUUGUUUCAGUAAUAAUAAUGGGGUUCAGAUAUCACGGUGUCUGUUGUUUCAGUAAUAAUAAUGGUGUUCAGAUAUCACGGUGUCUGUUGUUUCAGUAAUAAUGGGGUUCAGAUAUCACGGUGUCUGUUGUUUCAGUAAUAAUAAUGGGGUUCAGAUAUCAUGGUAUCUGUUGUUUCAGUAAUAAUAAUGGAGUUCAGAUAUCAUGGUGUCUAUUGUUUCAGUAUUAAUGGGGUUCAGAUAUCAUGGUGUCUGUUGUUUCAGUAAUAAUGGAGUUCAGAUAUCAUGGUGUCUGUUGUUUCAGUAAUAAUAAUGGGGUUCAGAUAUCAUGGUGUCUGUUGUUUCAGUAAUGUCUUUGGCUUCAUUGAGUAUCUGGGGCUCAGUUCCAAAAUCCAAACUAACAUAUAACUUAUUAACAUAUAACUUAGAGUGAAGCAAUGUGUUGGGCAUGCAUUCUAAGUGGUGUGCUAGAAUGGACAUUGGGACGUAGCUGGGUUUUAUUAUAUUCAGUUACUUAAUUAUACAAGUAUGUGCCUUACUUUAUUUACCUUUAUACCUUUUGUAGUUUUUUAAAGAUCAACUGUACGUCUAUGGAUGUUAUACAUCAAUACAUGUACUUUGUCAACAGAUGUGGAAUGUUGAAACAGAGAUAUGAGAGAAACUGUGACGUACAGCGUGUCUCUGACGUGAAAUCGAGCACAUCUGCAAACAUUGAAUUGGACUUUGUCUAAAUACUGUAUUGCUCAAACGUAAAUAAGAAAGUGUAUUUCCUAAUAGCUGAUUAUUUUUUUGUGGGUAUUCUCUAGCAACACUGUGUGUGUGUUUUUAACUUGUUCUUCACCUGAAUUCAUCACCAUUUUUAUGUCAUGGUUAUUUAAAAUGUAUGCAAUAUGAAAGAGAUGAAUUAAACAUUUUAAUGUUUUCACCCCCAUGGAUAAUGUUAUGGAAUUAUAUAUAAGGGGAUUUCCAAUGUAGGGAAAAAUAUACUUGUUGACAAUAAAAAUGUGUUUUCAAUAGA